UAGCCAGACCGCUUUCUUCUCUGGAAAUGGCCACAUCUUCUAUGAAUGGUUACGCACAACUUGCGUGGCUUUGCCAUGUACAUGAAUCAUGAUCUCUAAUUUUUUAUAAGAUCUAAACACGUAACAGUUAAGCAUAAAACUCAUUUUUUUUUAUUGUUAUUGCAUGUGCCGUUCUGUGCACCUAAAAUAAAGGAUCUGACAGAGUCACAAAGCUGAACAGAUCAAGAUCUUCGAUUAUGGCUGAAACAGAAGUUUGUGGUGGUGAUAGAAGAUGGUCUCUCAGAGGCAUGACUGCACUUGUUACUGGCGGUACUCGUGGCAUCGGUUAUGCUGUAGUAGAAGAGUUGGUGAAUUUUGGAGCAGAGGUCUAUACUUGUUCACGUAAACAAAAUGAUCUAGAUCAGUGCCUUGAGAAAUGGAAGGGCAAGGGGUUGAAAGUAUCAGGAUCUGUAUGUGAUUUGUCAUCGAGAUCUGAACGAGAAAAGCUUAUUGAAUCAGUCACUAGUUGUUUCAAUGGGAAGCUCAAUAUACUUGUAAAUAAUGCAGGCACAUCAAUACCAAAAGAAGCUACAAAUUUUACUGCAGAAGAUUAUUCAAUUAUAAUGGGUACCAAUUUUGAGGCUUCUUACCACCUAUGUCAACUUGCUCACCCCUUUUUAAAGGCUUCUGGAAAUGGAAGUAUAGUGUUUACCUCUUCAGUUGCUGGGGUGAUUGUCAUACCCUUUGCGUCCAUCUAUGCCGCUUCUAAAGGUGCAAUUAACCAAGUGACGAAGAACUUGGCUUGUGAGUGGGCUAAGGACAAUAUUCGCGUGAAUGCUGUUGCACCACAUAUCAUCAAUACCUCGCUCAUUGAAGCAGUAUGCCAAGUCCCUAGUCAAAAGGAAAAUAUAGAAAGCUUAAUUCGUCGGGCACCUAUGAAACGAGCAGGAGAGCCGAGUGAAGUUGCGUCGAUGGUUACAUAUCUAUGUCUCCCAACUGCUUCUUAUAUCACUGGCCAGAUUAUUUGUGUAGAUGGUGGAUUUACAGUCAAUGGUUUCGCGUAGAGACUUUAAGUUAAGAAGAGUUGACCAAAGUCAACAUUUUGGAUAAAAGAUUUGGAUUAGUGAUUUGAAUAUUCAAAUAGGUACGUAUGGUUAUUAGUAAUAAUAUAUGAACUUUGCAUCUGCUUUUCUAAAUAUGUCAAUGUUGUAGCUUGAUCUGAAGCUUUUUAUAAAUUGUAAUUGGCAUGUUAUAUACAUAGAUGGCCCCUUAUUCGUGUAUUGUUGACA